GUUAUAUCAAGUAAUCAUUAGCAACACAAUAAUUGACCUACAAAAGAACUCUGAAAAGCCCGGGCACGGACACUUUUUCGAUUCGUGUGCAACCAAUCUUGCUAUCGCCGGACGAAUAGUUCCGGUCAAGAGUACAAGGUCAAUCAGCUAUAUUAAGCUCCAUUAGACACACAUUUAUAGAGCUCCAGAACCUUGUGAAGAACUCGUAUUCUUUCGCUAUGAAAAUCCUCAUCACCGGCGCCACAGGUAAAAUUGGACGGCAGUCCCUCCUACAAUUUCUCCAGCAUCCCAGUAUCACCUCUGUCGUAUCGCUAUCUCGACGUCACAUACCCAGCGAGUCGCUCCCCAAUAGCGAGAAGUUCAAGAAUGUGAUCGUCAAGGACUUCAGCAACUGGAGCCAAGAAAUCAUGGAGAUCAUCAAAGAUGCAGAUGCGAUGUUCUGGGCAAUGGGCACCAACGAUGCAUCAUCAGGGCCGAACUUCGACUGGCCAGUGGCAUUCCAGGCCGCCAUGUUGAAAGCCCGCGAAGCACAGUCCCGCACGACUCGGUUCAGAUUUAUUUUUUGCAGCGGGAAGUUCGUUGUCCAAAACCAGGACGCAUGGCUUUUCUUUUUGCCUGGAGCAAGAAAGCUCAAAGGCCGUACUGAAGUCGUUUGUCUUGAGUUCGCAAUAGAGCAUAAGGAUGUUUGGCAGACGUUCGUUGUCAAACCUGGAGGGUUCAUUACUCCGGACAUGUUUGGAAGGCGGCUGUUGCCGAUGCUAAUGGGCGACUUGGUGAUCGAUUGUGAUGAGUUCAGCGCAUAUAUUGCCGAAUUGAUAGCGACGGGAAAAGAAGAGGAAGGGCUAAUAUACAAUAAACGAAUGGUUGGAAAGGGAAGAGAAUUGCUACAGACGAAAACGGACAGAACUUGACUCGUUGGGGAUUCCCUAAGCUUAGUUGGAAGAACUUCAGGUCGGUUGUAGGAAUAGACGAAGAGGCGUAGUGCUAGUUUAGACAUCCUAACAUUGUUUACGAGGGAAAACUGACAGGAAGCCGAGAGCUUGUAAGUGACCAGGCUAGUAUACAAGUCUAGAUUAUGCAAUGUAGCUAGGACUCUCAAUUUAUGUAGCUCCUGUGCG